CAAACCUAGCCAUACGAGACCAUAUGGAGAACCAUCUUUCACUUUCUUUAUGGCUGAUCUUGUUCUCUUUCACUGUCAUUUUUCUCAUUUCCUAUGCAUUCAAAUCCAAGCCAAACUCCGGUAACAAAACCGGAGCCGCGGCCGUUAACGUUCCUCCAGGAAGCUUCGGGUGGCCGAUAGUCGGCGAAGCCUUUUCGUUCAUGUACGAGAAGCACGAAAACUUCAUCAGAAAAAGAAUGAAAAAAUACUCAUCCAAGAUCUUCAAAACAAACAUUUUAGGUGAGCCGGUGGUGGUCCUGUGCGGCACGGCCGGUCACAAAUUCAUAGCUACAAACGAGCUGCAGCUGUUCCUCGCAUGGCGAACUCAACCCAUGCAGAAGCUCUUCCGCUCAUCCACCCAAAACCACAGCAAUAAUUCCCGACUCAUUCCGCGUCAAACCGAGACGCAAAUAGUCCGAGCACCAGGUUUUCUUAAAGCCGAUGCACUGGCUCCCUAUGUUGGAAUCAUGGAUUCACAGGUACAGCAACAUAUCCAAAAGCAUUGGGUUGGGAAAGAGACCAUCGACGUUCAUAGGAAAGCCCAGCUGCUCUUGCUAACCCAAUCGGCUCGGUUCUUCAUGGGAUUGGAAGAUGAUGCUCGUGUACAAAAGCUUUGUGAUUUGAUGAAUGUUAUCAUGCUAUCUCUCGAUGUUAUUCCUUUGAAUUUUCCUGGAACCGCUUUUUAUCGCGGAAUGAAAGCCGCUGCGGUGGCGAAGAAAGAGAUUCAGAUGUUGAUCAAGGAGAAGAAAGCAGCCAUGGCGAGUGGAAUGGAGAUGAAGGACAUACUGUCUUUCAUGACAAGUAGACCAGACCCAGCUAGUGGAAAACUCAUGGCAGUGAGUGAAAUUGCUGAAAAAGUUUUGGGAUUGCUUUCUGGGGCUUUUAAUCCAGCCUCCAUUACUAUCUCUUUCAUUAUGAAGUACCUUGCAGAAAAACCUGAGGUUUUUGACAAAGUCCGAAAUGAACAAAUGGAGAUUGCCAGCUGUAAAAGGGCUGGUGAAGCACUUAAUUGGGAAGAUAUACAGAAAAUGAAGUAUUCAUGGAAUGUAGCCCUUGAAGUAAUGAGGCUACAACCACCCAAUCAAGGAAUUUUUAGAGAGGCUUUAAUGGACUUUACAUACCAAGGCUAUACAAUUCCUAAAGGAUGGAAGGUGUAUUGGACAGUUAGCACCACAAAUAUGGACCCAGAAUGUUUCCCGGCACCAGAAGAAUUUGAUCCUUCAAGAUUCGACAAUGGAGGGCCACCACCAUUUACAAAUAUACCAUUUGGGAGUGGUCCUAGAACUUGUCCUGGAAGAGACUAUGCUCGCCUCGAAAUCCUCACAUUUAUGCAUCAUAUUGUAAAAAGAUUCAAAUGGGAGCUACUAAAUCCUGAUUUCAAGGUUUUAAAAGGGUUAAAUCCUAUACCAUAUGAAGGACUUCAUGUUCGGCUCCGAAACCUGUCUAUCUAAAAAAAAUUAUUCAGUAGAUGCGUUUUAUAUAUCCAUCUUAUGUAUUAGUAGAGUUUUCAAUUAUGUAACUUAUAAAGGUCCCAUAUGUUUGUGACCGGAAAAGCACGUGAUAGAAUGGACAACCUACUCAAUAAUUUGACAAAUAUUGAGCUAUUAUAAUAAUUUGCCUCUCAUCCAAAACCAUAUAGCCAAUAGAUUCCUAUUUUGUAGCACAUAGUGUCCUCUUUAAUUUGUAUCGUUUUAUUUCUUUGUAGUUUUCACCUUAAGGAAAUGAAAAGACUAGGAU